AUGUGUCUACCGGGGUCAAGAUUCAGGCAGGAGGCUAUUCACGCCAGAACUGAACACUCCACUAGCUAUGUGAGACAUCUCGAAGAACAAGUAAGACGGCUUUCCGCAUUUGAGGCACAAGCGAAAGCAGGGCAAGCAACGACCUCUCAGCAGCCAGCACCGCUCGUGGCUAAGGAUGCUGCACCAUCAGCCUCCAGCCCUGCGUACAAGGAAAACGAACGUCAUGCAUCUAGCAGCUAUGACGCAGAUUCCCCAGCCUCGCUCCGCCUAGGUCAGGCAUCGGGUCAGGAGAUCUCGGGCAUCAACAGACAUACUCGCAAUGUCGAGUUCUAUGGCAGCUCAUCUUCCGUUGCAUUAUUGUCCCAGGUCCAGAGAGCCGGCGAUGAGCCGGAAGAAGCACGGGAGGACCAAGACGGAGAGGCUCUCGUGUCGAAUCUACACAACCAUGCAUUCUCCCCCGCGGUCGAUGCCGCCCUCGGAGGUCAGCGCCCGGGACGGGUGACACAUUAUCCCCAAUGCCAAAAUUUCAUCAUGAACUAUUUCACAAGUCUACAUUUCGUUCAUCCCUUCUUGGACAAGACCGAGUUCUUGUCUCGCUGUGAACAGCUGUGGUCGCAGGAAGGUCAUCAUUUACACACGUCGAGCUUUGCGGCACUUUAUUACAGCAUUCUCUCGUUGGGCGCCUUGGUCGGACCUAGGGAGGAAGAGCCCAUCGGUGGCAUUACGAAUAUGCAGUGGAGCAGGACUUUUUUUGACGAGGCCAUCGCACGAUGCCAUCGGCUUGGCAUGGUAACUGACUUGGACAUGGUACAGUGCUACUUUAUGCUGUCCAAGAUCUGUCAAAAUGAGUUGAAUGCUCACUGGUCGUAUAUGUAUGUCGGCCUGGCAGUCCGGACAGCAUUGGCAAUGGGCAUCAAUCGGGAGCCGAGCCCUCAAUCAAAGAAGCCAGUCUCUCAGCUGAAGGCUGAAGCUAGAACAUGGUGGGGCUUGUACUCACUGGAAACUGAAAUGUCAUUCGCCAUGGGAAGACCAGAUACACUUGGAGCGGAUCUAUACCAUAAUCGGAGUUUCCCACUCAUUGGUAACGACAACUCUGGGUCCAUGCCAGACGACCAUUUCGACCCACCCCAAUGCGCCAUCAUCAAAUCAAUGGUGGAUCUCAGCAGAAUCACCAGGAGUAUUUGCCUAGACAUCUAUUUACCAGAGACCAUAACGCCUAGAACAGUGGCUCUCGCAUACCGGCUGGAGCAAGAUCUUGACAAGUGGGUCGAGGGCCUACCAGAUGCCAUCAGACCCAAACAGGCGACAGGCGAACCUGUGUCCUUAAAGAGUGUUCGUGAUCCUCAAUGGGCCAAGCGGCAGCGGCUGGUCCUAGGGAUAAGAUACCACAAUUUGCGCAUACUUACGUUUGGCUCACUAUUACUUACGUCAUCUUCAAACGACCAAGGUGCAUUGCCUGGGCUUCGUGAAGGCGUACAAAAAUGUCUAGACUCGGCAAAGCAGACUAUUGAUACCAUAUACAUCACAUAUCAGCAUCAUGACUUUUUCCGCACAUGGUAUUAUAACACUACAUACACCGUCUUUGCCGCCUCCGUCAUUCUAGUAUACGUAAUGAAAGAGGCAACAGAAGCAGAGAUGGAUCCAUUGCUUCGCGUGGUAGCAAUGGCUAUUGAAAUCCUGGAAACUAUGGAUGAGUGUGUUGUCGCACUCAAGGCGGCGAAACUUAUGCAAAGAGCCAUCGACAAGGCAAGAAGAAAGUUUUCUACUGAAACGCCACCAGCUGUCCCGCCCGCGGUAGAUGCCAACGAGGCCAUGCUGCAUCUCAACCAUUACUGGGGACCACUCAACCUUAUUGAUGGAGAGAUGGAUUUUGAUUUUGCUUUCCAGCUUGAUGAUAUGGACGGCUCGAAUCCAAUGUUCUUACAACAAUGA